AUGAAUAAUAAUAAUAAUAAUAAUAAUAAUAAUAAUAAUAAUAAUAAUAAUAAUAAUAAUAAUAAUAAUAAUAAUAAUAAUAAUAAUAAUAACAAUACAAAUAACAAUACAAAUAACUAA